CAGGGAAUAGAAAGUGAAAGUGUCUGGAGGAAUUUUCCUUUCUGUCCUAGCACUGAGCUCCAUGGCUGAUGUACCAAAACAAUGUGCUUUCUGUAAGAAGGGUGAGGACGCUGAGAGACUGGACAGAGUUUCUAAAGACAUCCUAGCCCAUCACAAUUGCAUGCUUUUCUCACCACAAGUGACUUCAGCAUCCCAGCAAGACCCGCAAGACAAUGAAUUCAAUAUUGCUUCUGUGAUAUCAGAAAUAAAAAGAGGAAUAAAACUGAGGUGUGGAAUAUGUAAGAAAGGUGGAGCUACUGUUGGCUGUGAUCACAAAGAAUGCAAAAGACAAUUUCAUUAUCCAUGUGUGACUGAAGCCAAAGGUAGAAUUAUAAGAGAUGAGGAAAAAGAACAGUAUAUUGUCUAUUGUCGUGACCAUGCCAACUCCACUCAGUUAAGUGAGGACACUGAAACUACUGGAACAUUCAAAACAUCAGCCUCUUCAAAGAAGCCACGUAAAAACAAUAGACAGAAAAAAAGGAAAAAGAAAAUGGAACACGGUACUGCAAGGAAAAAAAAGAGCUUUGGAGGAAAACCUGAAUCUGGAACUGUGCAAAAUGCAGAAAUGUGUUUAAACUCAGAUGAUGAACAAAGGGCAUCACACCAGUUGCUGAAUAACCAUAUAGAUGAAGAAGACAUGGAAGUCCCAGGACCAUCUAGGACAAACCUUGAUAAUACUACAUCAAGCAUUAGCAAAGAUUCCAGUGGUUCUCGGACCCCACAAAUAUUACGUACUAUCUCUCUCAGUGGCUUUCCAAAAAUAAAUAGGAAGCGCAAACGGAACAAAAAUAAUCCAGAGCUUGAAACUGCUUUAUUGUCUAUGCACUCGGAUGAAAGGGAGGCCAUUUCUCAAUUGUAUGAUGAAGUUGGAGGUUCAUUUCCCAUGUUUGAAGACAUCUGUGAGGAUGAGCACAUGGAGGAUACUUCCGGGACUGUGGAAGACAUUUCAAAGGAUCAACAUAUUGGUACAAAGGCAAGAUCCGAUAGACUUAACCCUAAGAUUGCUACAUUAGAGUCUUCAGUGUCAAUACGUACUCCAGAAGGCCCGUGUGCCAGCUCCACUACUGUACAUGAUGCCACAAGCGUUUCCCAACUUCCUGGACAUUUUCCUAGUGUUACAAGUUCGCCAUCUCGACAACUUAUUAAUGUUAAUAACAAAGUAAAAAGAACAGACAGUCUUCAAGGUACAACAUUCAAUACAUUGAAAGUUGUUAUUGGCAUCGAAAAGUUAGCUUCCACUAAUGGUGAAAUGUUAAAAUCUGCAGAUUCUACUGAUGGUGUAAGCAAUGCCAGAGCACAACCUAAGGACAUAUGUAAUGGUAAAGAUAAGUUUGUGUCCAUAAGUGCAGUCUAUCAUAAGCCUACAAAACCUUUAGAUGACCAUCCUUUGGGGCCCAGCAGUACAAACAAGGCAUCAGGUCAACAGCAGCUUAUGAAUUCUCCAAAUAAUAACAUAUCAAGUGAGGAGCAUAAAAAAAAUACCAAAAACAAGGAUCUAGUGCUGGCAAGUUUAGGAAAGACACUGAAGAAACAUGCAUCUCAAUUUUGUUCUAACCAUGCCCCAAGCAAGACUUUGGGCUCUGCUAAUACUGACAUACUGUUGAAUAAGGAGCCUCUGAACUCUCCAAGUCUUAGCAAGACAUCAAAUGAGCAACCUAUGAACCUUCAAUUUACCAGCAAGUCAACAGAGGACCAGUGUAAGCAAUCCCCAGGUGUUAGCAAGUCAUUAGGUGAACAGUCCACAAGGAAUGUCCAUACCACAAAAGCUUUGGUGCACGCCGUAAAUUCUCACGAUUUCAAUGUUCCUGUAGACCAGAUGGCAACAGUCCUCAAGAAACAAAGUCAACCAGUAGUUCAUCUCUUACCCAUUACUACUGGAACUGAGUUGUUAAAUUGGCAGCCUUCAUACUCUUCCCUUGUUGAUAGUAAAUGCACAGAAAUUGCAGCCAGCUCCCCUACUGGAAAGGAGGCCUUCCUUGAAAAGGAAUUACUUAGGAAGAAAGCUCAUGCUUCCAGGGAAGAUGUAAAACAGCUCAAGCAAGAUGACUUGGUCGCUGAACAAUCUCCAGAACACAGUAUCAUUUCCCAGCAAGUUCAGAAUUAUUUGAGUAAUGUCGAUGAAAACCUAGGAACCUCAGGUGGUGCGACCUCUGGACAAACUUCAGAACACUGUAUCAUUUCCCAACAAACACAGAAAUAUUUGAGUAGUGUGGAUGGAGACCUUAGAAAUUCAGGGCAAACACUGGAUGAUUCAGCUUCUCCUGGUAACCCCCCAGAAGAUGGACGCAUGCCUGAUGGUGAAGACACUGUACUCCUUUCUGGAUUUCCUGCAAAUGCUGGCAAGCUGAUGAAUCUAGGCAUUGACCAAAAAAGUAAACUGAUGGAGAGUUAUAAGGAAGCUGAAAAACAGAUGUCAAGGACUGGAGAUAGGACAAAAGCAGCUCAAGCUUUCUGGGACUUGUGUCGAGAUAACAAAUGUCGAGAAUUCUUGCUAACCUCGGUAACAUGCUACAUGACAUCGGUCUUUCACAUAAUUGUUCACAAAGCGCCCAAGGACAGAGACUUUGAGCAAGCAUUUGCCUUUCUCCAAGCAAGUGGACGUUUUGCUAAUUUUAUGAGUGGAACAGAAGGUGACCAGGCAAAGAUCAGUUCCAGGACUACUAGAGAGACAUACAAUGAAAGUGAUUCAGAUAGUGUUGGUUCUUGUACAGAAGUAGAAGACCAAGGGGAAAUCACCAGAGAUGAAGACCCUGAUGAUGAUAUACAAAGUGAAUUGUGUGAAUCAUGUUCAGAGAGCAGCAGUAAAAAGCAGAGCACUGAAGGGGACGACCUAGACAGAAUGGAAAUAGACUCUCCUGCAGCAUCUCUAGUUUCGCCUUCAGUAAGCAGGGAAAGUGAUCUGAUUCUGCCUGAGAACGCCUCUCGGAGACAUAGGGCUUUAGAAGAUAUUCAAUUAAAGACCAUGAAAACAAAUUUGCGGGUUGUGAAUUCUCAGCUGCAAACCUUACAGUACCAAUUGCAGCACCAAACUGAAGAUGGAGAUGCAGGUUUUGCCACAAAUCUAAUUCAGUUUUUAAGAAAAGUUCCAGAAGAUAAAAAGUUGUCCACUCAAAUGUCUAUUCUAAAUGUCUUAUCAUCAGUUUUGGCUCAGCAGCCAAUGUCUAUAUCAACCCCUAGUUAUGUACCAUAACAAUAAUCAAAUCACUCUUCCCCCCAGACGUAGUGGACAAACUAAGCCAUAGCCACAAGCCUGAAAUGUAGACAUAUACCAAUAAAUGGCUGUCACAAUACAGAACAUUAUAUGCUUAUUAUGACAUAACAGUCUUAAAGUGGUUGUAAAGGUUCCCAUUCAAAAAAAUAAAAUAAAUAACAAACCUGUCAUAC